AUGGCGCUCCAUACCGAGGCUUUCGCCCUCGGUGCCGCGCCCGUGCCCCCCGUCAGCAGGUGCGCGCGUGGCGAGAAUCUCUUCGGCAGGGCCUCGAGCCUGGGGCUUGCCGUGCCUGAAUCUUCGGAGCGAGGGAUUCCGCCGGUGCUUGCUGCAGCUGCCACUGCCUUGCUGACGGGCGUCCUUGCGAAGAGACGGACGGCGGACGCCCGGGCGGCCGCAGUGGCGCUGAGAGCCAAGGUCACCUUGAACGAGCCGUUGUUCAGCGAGGAGGCCUGGUCAGAUGACGUUCCCAGCGAGCUGAGGGUGCAGGACCUGGAUGUCGGGCAGGAGCUCAUGGGCAUUGUCGUGAGAGUUGUGGACGAGCUGGGAUGCUUCGUGGAUGUGGGUGCCGACAGACAGGGGCUCGUUCAUCGGUCGAAGGUCUCGAAGAGCUAUGUCCCUGUGCUUUCAGAGGUCGUGCAGACUGGCCAGUCCGUCAAGGUCUGGGUCCGAGCCGUAUCCCCUCAAGGUCGCCUUGACCUCACCAUGGUUGACGAGAACGCCGAGGACGAGAGCCUCAUGCCUUUCAAGGAGGUGAGCGCAGACGAGUGGUUCGAGGCAGAGAUCACCGGCCUGAGCAAUGCCGGCGCCUACGUGCGAGUCCAGCCCCCUGGUGGCGGUGAGUUGGUGGACGGCUUCAUCCCCAUUAGCCAGAUCCAGGAGGGCUUCGUGGAGCACCCGGCUGAUGUCCUGGAGGCGGGGUGGUGUGCGGAGGAUGCUCAGGCGGCACCAACUGAGAAAGUAUCAGCAGAAGUUUGGCUCAGCGGUGGCGACAGCGCACAGUGGAAAGCAGCAGCUCCGCUCCGUGAGCACUUCGAGACGAUAUCAAUGUCGGCCAUGAAGGUGGAUGCUUCCCCAUCGCAUUCAGAGGUAUCUACGGCGAGUCCCCGAAGUGUGGCUUCUUAUCACUCCGACGGAGAUUCAGACCUGGGAUCGGGUUCGCCAAGCCCGGUUGCAGGGAUCGAGGCUAAGCCAAAGUUUAAGCUUCCAGAGAAAGGGGUCCUCGACAGCUUGUGGGAGGAGUUCAACCUGCUUGUCUACCUCCUCAAGGAUAACCUCAAUGCCGGCGCGACGCCUAUCGUGGUCAUGUACCUCGCCACAGCCGCUGCGACCACGGGAGCUACCUGCGGCGGUGCGAUCGCUGCCGCCGUGAUGGGCCUCCUCUACCUGACGGUGUUUGACCUCGUGAACCAGUGGAGCGGUGUUGAAGAGGACAUGAUCAACAAGCCUUGGCGGCCCAUCCCGCAGGGCUUGAUGACCGUCUGGGGGUGCAAGAUGCGCUGUGGUGCUGCGGCCAUCGCGUGUCUAGCUGCAUCGUACCUUUACGAUCUGGCGAUCCCGUGUGUGCUUUGCUUGUCAGCAACGUUUGGAUAUGCCGUUGGCUGGGACAAGAACUUCAUCUUUCGUGGGUUCGUCUUCAUGCCCAUGAUCUUCAUGAUCCACUUCUUUGUCUCCAUGCGUUUGGCACUUGGAGCAGCUGCUGAUAACAAAGCGCUCUGGGAUUGGGCUGCCACUUUCGCCGCCUACUACUCGAUCCUCUUUCUGCUUGCAGACCUACGGGAUCUGAAGGGCGAUGCCCAGGUGGGCCGUCGGACACUUCCAGUUUUGCUGGGAGCCCACCGAUUUCGAGCCAUGUUGUUUGUCUUAGUUGCCGUGCUAUCACCGGCAGGGUUUUAUCGGAUGCUGGAAGCUCUUUGGGCCCAGCAAGCAAUCCCAGCUCUGGCAUGCAGUUUUUGGAACUUUCUGUUCGUCAUCACAAUUUUGUACAUGCUCGCUACUGGCGAAAGCGUGAAAGCCCAUUGUUUUGCCUACAAGCUAGUGGUUUGUAUGUACACAUUUGGUACAGCCCCUUGCUUUUACUUCAUCGUCCCCUCUGUGCUUGCGUCGGAAGUGUAG